AUCUGAAAAUCUCAAACCGGAAGUACUUUUAUAAUUUCCACUUGCUUGACGGGCAGAAGUGAAAUUUGCACUGGUUCACUUUCUGUAAACAGACUUAGCAAGCGGCAGGUUGUUGUGUCGGUUCAAGCUAACUGUAGUUAAAGGGUUUCUCGCUCCGUGAUGUCGGGUCACGGUCACGGCCACGGCCACGGCUGCGAGGGGGAGCACGAGCCCGCGGAGAGGGGUCUGGAGUACGGACUGUACCGGAGGAUAGACCUGGAGAAGCUGCAGUGCCUGAACGAGAGUAGAGACGGGGACGGAAAGCUGGUGUUCAAACCGUGGGAUCGGCGGAACGAGCGGGACAAGUAUGUUGAGAGUGAUGCAGAUGAAGAGCUUCUGUUCAACAUCCCUUUUACAGGCAGCGUGAAGCUGAAAGGCAUCAUCAUCUCUGGGGAGAAUGACGACUCUCAUCCAGCUGAGAUCCGACUGUACAAGAACAUUCCUCAAAUGUCCUUCGACGACACCGGCAGAGAACCCGAGCAGGCCUUCAGACUCAACAGGGAUCCUGUCGCUGAGCUGGAGUACCCCACAAAGAUCGCUCGUUUUUCCAACGUGCAGCACCUCUCCAUCCACAUCUCGAAGAACUUUGGAGCAGAGAGCACCAGGGUCUACUACAUCGGUCUAAGGGGAGAGUACUCGGAGGCUCACAGACAUGAAGUGACAAUCUGUAACUACGAAGCAUCAGCCAACCCUGCAGAUCACAAAGUGGAGAGCGUCAUCCCACAAACCAACUUCAUUUCCUGAAAAAGCUUCAGAGCGUUAGAAGGAAAAGAGGCAGGAAGAGAGGUUUCUGCUGGAGGUCGAUGAUGCAAAAAGUCUUGAGAGGAGUUCAACGCUGCGUAGCGGCAGGCUGGUUGAGCCUGGACCGGUGACUGGAACGCUGCACUCUGAAGACCAGAGAGCUCCAUAUGUGUCUGGAAGUGCCAUGUUGUAGCUCUGUUUUUCUGUCGCAAUAAAUAGUGAAUGCUUAAUAGACUUGUAUUAAUUGCAUGGAUCACUUGGUAAUUGGAUAACGUAUGUUUGACCUACAUACUCUGAUUAAUGCCUGAAGGUAUCCACCACUUUGAAUAAAACACAGACUGCUGGAAAUACA